AUGGGUGCAUCAGGCUUAGGUUCUGCUUUAGCAAAUUGCAUUAAUCUCUCAAAUUUGACACUUUACCUUGCUGGAAAUUAAAUUGGUGAUGAAGGUGCAUCAGGCUUAGGUUCUUCUUUAGCAAAUUGCAUUAAUCUCUCAAAUUUGACACUUGAUCUUCAGUCUAAUUAAAUUGGUGCAAUUGGUGCAUCAGGCUUAGGUUCUGCUUUAGCAAAUUGCAUUAAUCUCUCAAAUUUGACACUUGGCCUUGGUUGGAGUUAAAUUGGUAAUGAAAGUGCAUCAAGCUUAGGUUCUGCUUUAGCAAAUUGCAUUAAUCUCUCAAAUUUGACACUUGACCUUUAUGGAAAUUAAAUUGGUGAUGAAGGUGCAUCAGGCUUAGGUUCUUUUUUAGCAAAUUGCAUUAAUCUCUCAAAUUUGACACUUUACCUUGGUAAAAAUUAAAUUGGUGCAAUGGGUGCAUCAGGCUUAGGUUCUGCUUUAGCAAAUUGCAUUAAUCUCUCGAAUUUGACACUUUACCUUAGCUCAAUGAAUAUAUCAUAAAUAUUAAGCAAGUAUCUUAAAUCAAAAAGAUUAGUUGUCUUAAAGAUAAAAGAAUGGUGA